AGUGAGCAUAUACUUAUGCGUAUUAUUAUUAUUGUAAAUUCAAGUAUGCCCAAUCUCCACGAGGUCGAGCAAUAAUAUCGAAAUAAAUAUCUUCAGCCUGUGUUUCUGAUUGUUCGCUGACGAUAUAAUUGGAAGCAUCCUGCCAUCCACUUGAUGAAACUAAAACUACGAAAUGGAAUCCUUACAAUGCUAUCCUCUCAAUGAAAGUUGUGACUUUAAAAAUGACUUGUGCUACACAAAGGACCACAUUGUAGUCCAGGACUUAUAUCUGUACGACGUACCAACAGAGCUGAAAGAGGAAGACAUGCUUGAGCAUUUCAAUAGAUUUGGAAAAGUCGGACGUCUGCAACUCUCUGACAAUGAUAGAUGUAGUCCUGGUCAAACUAAUUCGGAUUCAUCAGGCAGCUUGAAAACACAUCAGCAGGAGAAGGAGAUGAAAACUGGACGCGUUUUAUUUGACAAUCCACUCGAUGCAGCCAAAGUGUUGCUUAAUGAGACCCAUAAUGUCAAUGGACAUCAAUUCCAUGUCAUGGUCAGCCACAGUUGGCUUCAACCCGAAGCCAACGACAUUUUGGAGCCAUCAAGUAGUCAGCCCGAAGAGUCGCAUGUAAUGAAGGUUCCUGAUGAUUGCCUAAUCCGAAUUCUAAAACUUCUUCCGUUAUCCGAUCAAUUGCGCUUUCUACGAUACUGCAGUCCAUUUCGAGAUGUACUACAUCUGGAUACAAGAACAUUACACAAGUCAGUCGUAAUCAACAAGUAUUUAUCCGAAUGGGAUAUACGUGACCUGUUUAUUAUAUUUGGACGAUAUAUUCAAAGUAUUGAGUAUAGCUCUUUUCGGUCGAAAAUAGAUUUUGAACGCUUUUUAAAUUAUUUUGAAAAGAAUUGCGUGAAUGUAAAGUCCAUAAAACUGAAAAAUACUAAACUAUCUUGUAGGAAUAUGCAAAAAAUGCUUUUCGGCUCUGACUGUUUGGAAUAUCUGGACAUUUACGGAGGCAAUCUAUAUAAUGACUGUUUGGUAGUUUUAAAGGAUUUAAGGAAAUUAAAACAGCUGUGCAUUCGCGAUUGUAAUCAACUUAGUGAAGAUUUAGAAAAAAGCGAGCUAACUGAUGACAGUUUGGCGAUAUUACAGGAUUUAAAAGAACUAAAAAUUCUCAACCUUUCCCGUAAUCAUAAACUUAGAGGUGAUCUAAAACUUCCAACCUCCAUCGAGACUCUGGAUCUUUCCGGUUGUGCAGGAAUACUUUCCAGAAAUUAUAUUCGGAUCUGCAAGUCUUUACCAAACCUAAAGAAGCUCGACAUCAGUGGUAACCGCUACAUACCCGUCAAUAUCUAUGAUUAUCUACUUUCAAUAGAAACAUUCGCAUUUGAGAUUGAAAGAGAAACCCCCUAUAAGAAAAUAGCAAAAUUGCCUAAUCUCAAAAGAAUUUAUAUAAAGGAAAUUAGAUCAAGCCACGUGUUUGAAGAUCUUCUUAGUGAACUUGUCGCUGAAAAAUCGCAGCAAUUGGAAUACUUUGAAAAUGACAGCUGUCUCGAGUAUUAUACAGAAGAGCUCCUUCAAUUAGCAAAGUUAACCGGAUUGCGGGAACUUCAUUUUUAUGGCGAGGAUAACAUUGACGAUGAUAUUCUGGAAAAGUUUUCCAACUUUAAGGAGCUGGAGGUCAUUUCUUUUGAGGGUGGUUAUCCAAUUAGCAAUGCCGCCAUUUUACGUCUAAUUGCUGGCUGCCCAAAGUUGAGGAAUUUAAGAUUUCAGGAAUGCCUAGACCUGACGGAAGAUUUAGUACACAGAAUUAUUGAAGACGUGGAACGUGAAAUUGAGAAAAAGGUGAACCAGCGUCAAUUGCCUAUCGAUAUUUAUCUGAAGUCCUGCAAAAUUAGAAAGUCCAUCAAUACUCAUCCUGACGUAGUUAAUAAUAAUAUACUUAAGACUGUCAUUAAAAAUUGA